AAGUAACAACUCUACGUUCUUUUUUCGUUAUUCAUGUACAGUCAACUGUCUUUACAAUGUUGACAGUUUUUGACGACUAGGAAGUUUCAAAAAGCGGUUAGUUUUCUGAUUUAUCUCGAAUUUCGGUUGUCAGUUAUUUGCAUAUUUGUCAGGUUUCAUCAGAUUUAAGGAUCGAAAGUUAGUGCAACUGUAUUUUAUAAUUUUUGUAUUUUGAUUUAGUAAACAAACAUUUGGAAAUAUAAUUGAUCUUGAAAUAUCGAAACGAGAAGCGUAACAUGUAUCAAGUGAGAGAAUACCUUUAUUGAAAUCUUCGUGGAAGUCGAUCAACGAUAAUCAUGACGCGAACAAACAGGAAGAGAUGUCGCAACAUAGAAGAGGAAUCUAGCGACUUUAUGCCAUUGAGCAAACGAAUUAACAAUCUUCAUAUUAAUGGUUUGUCUGGCCUACGAGAGAACACGGUGGAGAAUAUGGAAACUGAUUGGGAGAGUGGAAAUUUUAUGUCGUCUCCAAGCUGCUCAGAGAUAUCUCAAAAUUCAUCGCCCAGAGGCAGUUGUGGUUCCAGCCAAAGCAGUUUUACCAGUGAUUACAGACCAGAUUUGGAUGCGACGGAAAAUCCUUUUUAUUACGAGAGCAAUAAAUUGCUCUUUUCCUUAUACAUGGAACGUAUGCAGAGGAGACCAGAUCUCUAUUGACAAGCACACGUUUCACUUG